AUGACGUCAGCUCCAGGACUGGGCUUCGCCAACCUGACGUUGAUGCUGGACCUGCCGCAGCUACCAGCCAUCUUCUUUGUUAACGUACGAAAGAAUUUCCAAGUGCUAAUGAACGAGAUCAAGCUGAACACAGUGGAGAGUGAAGAAAUAUUUUACCCCCAUAACAGAAUCAACUUGCAGAAUUCGCAGGAAGAGAAAAUGAUUGGGGGACUCUCCGUUUCCAUCACGCUGAUAGGCUUAGCGUCCCUUGUGAAGAGUGGGCAUUCCGUGUACCUCCUUCUUAGCGCAUUCAAAUUGGAAAAUGACAACAUCGAUCACUUCACCAUACCAUACAUGCUCGUCGCGCAAAUCGUGCUUUGUGCCCUGGUGACCAUGUAUGGCGGAAGCAGACUCUUCCUGAACUUCAAGCACAUCAAGGAGAGCGAUCCCACCAAGUUUGACAAUUUCGAGUGGGAUAAGAACCACGCACGGAAGAGCUACCGCCCUUGCUUCAACAGAAAGUUCUUCAUCAAAAGUUACGCGAAGGAUUUCCUCCUCAAGUCUAUUUGA